AUCCACUCGCUGCGUGCUUACAUACAUAUGACAAUCCUAAAGAAAACAAUAUACAAUGAAAAACAAAUAUGGUGGUGUAGACGGCAUUUUCAUUCCUGCAAUCGUUUUAAUUUGUUUAAAUCUUGUGGACUUUAUUAAUUGUUUUGUAUAUCCUCCAAUUCAGGAUAUAAUAACAACGCAAGAUAUAGUGGCUGGAGACAUUUUUUUUGAGAUUAUAGAUCCUAUAGAUCUUCAUUAUACAUACAGAUUGCGUCCUGCUAAAUUUGGUUCUUCAUUUACACGACUACGAUUUUUACGAGCCGCUUUAAUUCCAACUGAUCCGCCUGACGCUUGUCAACAAAUUAAAAAUCAACGUGAUCUUCGAGGCAAUGUGGCGUUAAUUGAUAGAGGUGACUGUUCAUUUCUUACAAAAAGUAUAAAUGCUGAGCUUGCUGGAGCUAAAGCUGUAAUUAUAACAGAGUAUAAUAAUGAAUCGACAGAGUUCGAUUAUUAUAUUGAAAUGAUAAGUGAUAAUACGAAUAGAGAUUGUCAAAUCCCAUCCGGAUUUCUGCUUGGGAAGAACGGUUUAGUUAUUCGUUCAACAUUGCGUAAACUAAAACGAAAACAUGCUGUUAUUAACUUGCCUGUAAAUUUGACUUUUACUCCACCUGCCAAAAUCAAUCAUCCACCUUGGUUAGGUUGGUAAAGUAGAGCUUAUUUGUGAUAAAAAAAAAUGUGUAUCAUUUAAAUCGAAGUCAAAAUGUAAAACAAUACCGGUGUGCAUUAUAUAGGAAACAUUUGAUACUUUAUAUAAUAUAAUUAAUAGAAUUGUUAAUAGAAUUGUUUCCAAAGAAUUUAAUCAAGCAAUAUAUUAACU